GACGUGGAUAUGUUUAACAUGUUCAGGUGUCGUCCGCGAUGUCAGGGGCCGCAUAUCACCCCCAGUGGCACCAGUUGCUGUCAGUGGACGAGCUCAUCUACCAUGUGCUUUGCGUGGAGUUCUGCUCCACCUUCUCCCACGUCGUCCCGACGAUAAAGAAGAGUCGACCCCACGUGGAGUUCAUGCUUGGAGGUCAGCCACAGGUGCUGACUUAUGAUGCCUUCGCCCAGGCCAUGGGGCUCAACACCACCUACAUGACGAUGACGGAGCGGCAGUACACCAUCAAUUUCCACUACUAGGCUGCAUUCCACGCCCUCUGCCUCCCACUUCUCCACUUGGAAUUUUGAAC